AUGUUACGUGCCAUCCUCGUGCCGUUCGUUUUCACUUUGGUGACAGCAUACACGGAAUCGUGGAAAUGCGGAUUUGAGAACGUCCCGAUGGUGUAUAUGAAUCUGGAUAAUCAAGUUGAGCGUCGGAUGCGUUUGACAGAAAUGUUCCCUGAGGCUAUUCGGAUACGGUCCGUUGAUGGAAGGAAUUCCACAGAAUUGUUGUCUCGGCUGGAUUAUGACUUCAACGCAGAGGAAUUUUCGAAUGGGCAACUGAUCUCCGCCACUAAGAACCAUUUCAAAGCCUUUCCGGGUGAAGUAGGAUGCUGUCUCACGAUGUUUGACGCCUUCAAGUAUGGGGUUGAACAGGGUUACGAGUAUAUGAUCCUCGCUGAGGACGAUGUGGCGGUGCCCUUAUGUCAGAUUCUUCCAUCUACGUUGGACCGGAUUAUAAACCAGCUUAAUGAGGCGGAUCCGGACUGGGAGGUAUUGCGGUUACAAUGGAGCGUUCCUGCACAUAGCUUGUAUAAGAUGAAAGUGAGCCAGUUCGACCGGCUGAGAAAACUCGUGCAAGAAUUCGGUGAGGAAUAUCGACAGUCACUCAUGGCGACCUACGGGGCCUGGGAAUAUGCCCCCAUAAUAGGAAGAUUUAGCGGCGGGUGGGGCACUGUCUUCAAUGUCUGGCAUCGGAGGGCCAUGGAAAAGUUUAUUCAAAAAUACGGGGGCAGGACAGUGAAUGGCGUGCAAAAAUGGAAAUGUCCUGACGACAAAGCAUGA